AAAUGUGGCCGUUUCAACCAAGCAAGGAUGAGUCAAUGCAAGAAAGACUUGCAUGGGAUGAAGCUUCUCCUUUAUUCUUCCUUUACAGUAAGCUCAAUCUCUCUUCAAUAUGGCGAAACCUGAAGCAUCCAAGUCUAAUAAUAGCCCAGAAAACCAGGAGCUCUUCGCAAGGAUUCGUGAGAACGAGAGAGAGCUCUUGCAGCUGAGGAAGCGUCUGGCGGAUUAUUCCAUCAAGGAAGCACAGAUACGCCAUGAAAAUGAUGAUCUGCAAAAGCGUAUUGCAGAUAUUCAUGUGGCCUUUGAUCACCAGCAACAUAACCUAGAAAAUUCAGAAUCAAAAUCUUCGUCAUACAGACAGCAGAUUAUUGAAGAGAAUAUUCAUCUCGCGUAUGCCUUGGAGAAUGCAGAGCAAGAAAGAUUGACAUUUAUGUCAACGUUGUUGCCCCUUCUCGCUCAAUAUUCUCUCCAGCCACCUGAUCCUGAUGCUCGCUCCGUUGUUAGCAAUCUCAAGGUUUUGUUCAGACAUUUGCAGGAACAACUUAUUCGCAAUGAGAAUCAAGAAAGGAUGGGAGUGGUCCCUCAGUCGGUCUCUGAUCGGGACAUAUCGGGUGGUCAUCAGAGCCACUUGGUCGGACUUGAUGGUGCGGCAAAUAAGGUAGAAGCUGAUGAAUCAGGGAGACAAAUAACAAGCGAGAAUUCAUUCUAUGGUGUGGCCCCGAAGACGGGCGACACAACUCGCGAGCCUGAGAGUAACAAUAUAGGGGUGAACGAUCAUGAUGGAGACGCAAAUCGGAAUGAGAGAGAAACUUCCUCCAAUCGGAGUUCAGAUAUAGAUGAUGGUCCUCUACCAGCUCUAGUGGAUCUCCAAAUUUUCGGGGAACCUUUUCCAGGAAAAGAACUUCUGGCAUGUGGAUACUGUAUCAACGGCACCAGUAUUUGCAAUUUUGAGUGGAUUCGGCAUUUUGAAGAUGGAUCUGUUAAUAUUAUUGAUGGGGCAAUGCGACCCAACUAUCUUGUUACUGCUGAUGAUGUUGAUACAUACCUUGCCGUUCAAGUUCUGCCUCUGGAUGACAGGAAUCGCAAGGGAGAACCUGUGACGGUUUAUGCAAAUGAUAAGAAAAAGAUCACUUGUGAUUCUGAAAUGCAGAGCUACGUUGAGAGGACUCUUCAUAGUGGACGUGCUUCUUAUGAAGUCUCUCUUCCGACUGGAUAUCUUGAUAUAUGGGAACCAGCUACUCUGACCAUUAAGAGGCAUGGUUACAGUAUCAAAUGCAGGGGACCAAGUGGAGAUGUAUUCUCAGAAAAAUUUUCUCCAUCCGUCAGGGUUGUGAUUCCUCAUGGACAUGUUUUGGAAUUUGUAAUGAUUUGUUCUAGUGGUGUUGAGCUUCUGUUACGAACAGAAAACAACUCAACAGAUGCCAGUGGUUCCAGGGAUACCAUUGUGCUUGUCUUGAGAAAUUUCAUUCAAAAGGCUGCGGGCAAAAGAACUGGAAAGAAGGGCUUAUUUUUCAAAUAGGGGAAAAACCAGCUGCUUGGCAGAAUGCCUCUGGUGCCAGCUGAAUAUGCUGACAUGCCACCUAAAUUUUCAAUUUAUAUCUUAUAUGGGGGGUUUAGCUAGAGGUGUGAUUUUCUUUUUUAUGCAACUUCACUUUUUGAUUCCAUUUUUUUAAACAUUCUUUUCAUCCCUUUUCUUUUCCUUUUUUUCCCCUUUCAAAUUUUGACGUGUUCAUGUAAUUUUUAUUUUCUACCUGCCUUUGCAAUUAUACAGUUGUCGGUUGAAAUAAUUGAAAAUGCUACCCUUUUGUUUAGAAAUAAUUAACUUCUUUGUUUCCAAUUU